AUGUCGGACAACAGCAAAGACACCGUAAAAAGCCCUAGUGCGACGGCGAGCGUUCCGAGACGCGCGAUCCCCGAAACAAUGUACGACCGCGUAAAGCACCUCCCCGAGUACAAGGCCUGGGUGGCUGAUCACAUAUUCCGCACCAGCCCCCAGGUCCAGAUUGCGUACGAUAGAAUCCUCCGAACAAUGCCCAGCCUAUUGCAGGAGAUGACCCGGGAUAUGAGGCCAGAGCCGACGACCUACAGCCAGCAAACCGCACUCCAGGCGAUGAACGAGUACGAACAAGGCAGCAGUUCGGCUGUAACUUCGGAUGAUGAGGAUGGCAGUGGCGAGAAGACGAGCAACCCAGAGCACACAAGCGAGAAGGAACACACAAGCAAGCAAGUUAGCAACGCUGUGAGUCGCAAGACGCGGCAGUUCUAG